GGAAUAAAAAUUCACAACAACAAUCAACAAAAAUCCAACAACAAGAACCAAGAAAAAUCAACAUUUUAAUUUGUUUUUUUAUUAGAAUCAUUUAAUUUUGUUUGUUCAUCACCAUCGACAUCAUCACCAUCAAAUCGUCAUCGAGUUAUCACCAUCAACAACACCAACAAAAACCAACCUCAUCUAUAACUUAUCAUGUUUGGAGGAUUAAGAUUGGUUAGAGUGCGAAUAGUGAGGAUAGUAAGAGUUUUACUCUUUGUGUCUCUUUCAAUUCCUCUUCUAUUAUUAAUUCCUCAUCAUCAACAGGUAAUCAAAUUAAAAGAUGUUAACCAGCAAGUUGGACAAUUUGAAAAAGAUUUAAAAGAACAAAUUAAUUCAAAUAAACUGUUAAUAAACAGUUUACGAAGCCUAAAGAAACAAUCAAAUGGUGGUGAUGGUGGUACAGAGAUGGAUAGUUUAUCCAAUUCAAUUGCAGUAUUAUUAUUCUCAUGUAAUCGUGUUACCGUUCGCCGUAAUUUAGACCAAUUGAUAAAACACCGACCUGAUUCAAUAAGUUUUCCAAUAAUCGUAAGCCAAGACUGUGGCCAUGAACCAACUCGUAAAGUGUUACAAAGUUACGGUGAUCAGAUUACUCUAAUUCGUCAUCCCGAUUUGAGUGACAUUCCAUUAACAGGGAAAGAGAAAAAAUUUAAAGGAUAUUACAAGAUAUCUCGUCAUUAUGCAUGGGCAUUAAAUCAAACGUUUAACACAUUUAACUACAAUACGGUGAUCAUUGUGGAAGAUGAUCUCGAUAUUGCACCAGAUUUUUUCGAAUAUUUUAAAGCCACUUAUCCUCUUCUCGUAGCCGAUUCCACUUUAUGGUGUGUCUCAGCCUGGAACGAUAAUGGUAAAGAAGGAUUAAUCGCUGAAAAUUCAGCUGAUACAUUAUAUAGAUCAGAUUUUUUUCCUGGCCUUGGAUGGAUGAUGACGAAAAAUGUUUGGCUCGAAAUUGCCGAUAAAUGGCCUAAAGCAUUUUGGGAUGAUUGGAUUAGACAACCAGCUCAACGUAAGGAACGUGCUUGUAUCAGGCCUGAAGUAUCUCGAACCAAAACAUUUGGAAAAGUUGGAGUGAGCAAUGGUCUCUUUUUUGAGAAACAUCUUAAAUUCAUUAAACUCAAUGAACAAUUCGUGCCUUUCACAAAGUACAAUUUAACUUACCUUCUAAAAGAUAAUUAUGACGAUUGGUUCAUUAAAACGGUAUACGGAAGUCCUCCAGUAACUGUCCAAGAAUUAGCUGGUGGACGAAUUGAAGGAAAUGGACCAGUUCGGUUAACUUAUCGAUCGAAAGUCAACUUCAAGAGUAUUGCCAAAGCCUUUAGACUUAUGGAUGAUUUUAAGUCUGGUGUUCCUAGGACGGGUUACCGAGGAGUCGUUCCGUUCAUGUUCAGAAACCGACGUGUUUAUCUCGCUCCUCCUCCUGAUUGGAAAGGUUAUGAUACCAGUUAAUAUGAAAGACAAUUCAUGAUACUACAAGUGAAACUUUCAUCUUCCAUUUACUUUUUUUUAUCAAUUUAAAAUUCAUGGAAAAUUAUCAUCCUAAAUUGUUGAAUGGUCAACAAUUUAUCACACUCAUGGUGAUUACAAUUAUUGCCAAUUAUUGGAAAUGGUUCCAUCAUUUGAAAGGUUAAUUACCUUUGACUGCCUUAGGGAUAAUCAAAUUACGUAUAUCCUACUGACCACAAAAAAAGCAGACAAAUGGCUAAACUUUUUCCUCAUUGAUCGGAAAUGAUAAUCAAGUUGCCGACGCAUCUCAAGUAAAUUAAGGCUCAUAGCAAUUAGAAGAGUGAAAACUUGAUCUAAAUCAUUCUGGACACUUUCAACCAUUUUCCACUUUCUUCAAUCUGAUUAUCGGAAAAAUUGAAACGAUUGACCAAUUGCGACUAUUCAAAUUGAAGAUCAGAUUGAUCCAAAUGCCUGGAAAUAAAUUCGACUGGUGCUCAAUCCAUGAAAGAGGGAAAAAAAACUAAUUUAAAUCUCAUCUUCUUAUAUCAUCGUAACCUGAUCACUGAAACAAAAAAAAAGAACCGAAAACGUAUAUAAACUAGACUAGUAUACUCACAGAAAAAUUGUAAAUUCGCGAAUUGGAUCAUCAAGGAUAACAA